GGAUGGAUCAACUAAUCCUGGAUACUCGAUUCCCUCCAGAGGUAACAAGCCAAAAUGCAAGCAGAGGUUCAAUUACAGUUCACUGGAAUUUCAAUCCGAAGUGCAUCGUAUCUCCUAUGUAACUUCAGAUCUUAACAUUGCAGUCAAGCAUUCUUCCAGAAAAUAUUUUACCCACAUGAAAGACUCGAUCUCCACUGCUGUCGGUUGACACGAGGAGCAAUUAUUUGAUCAGCUCGUGUACAAGUGCAGGGACGAGGACAAGAGACCAGUCAGACAGACAGACCGUGAGACAGAACAACGAACGAAGAGUUACUUCUUGGCGACGCUGUGCCCACUCCCACUAUUGCCCAAUGUCGUGGUAACUCUCGACGCAUCCGAAUGAUGCCGCCCGCCGUGUACGAAUGCACAGGGAUGCGGAUCUCGGUUUGGCAUAAUUCCUCGGCUCUGGGCACCGGUGGCGCAUCCAUUACGUCGACACCACCAGCGCCAGCGCCACUUUGAGAGGCGUCAUGAACCUCCCUCUCGCUCAAUCGCUCGCUCGCUGCAGCUGCUGCAAUCGCUUACAUGACCGUCCGUCCACUUACUGAUGAAGACAUGGCCCAUCAUCUUCCUCGAAACGAAGUCCUCGCAUGGAGAUCCUCUCGUCAUUAUGCGCAUCUAUCGAUGCGCUAUGCUCUGCUCUGCUAUCCCGGAACAGAAUUGCAGAAGUGUAAACUACGCGCAAGUUAUCCUCGGUCGACAUUAUGUUGUCAUGAUUUCGCACUUCACUCGUUCCAGAUUCUCGAGGUGCAAGGAAAUCGAGACACGAGUAGCGCCAUACGAUCUCGACCCUUCAUGUGCUCGACGCGAAACACCGAAUGUACCAAGAGCAUCGCCAUUCACGUCAUCGACACGUCACCGUGUGGAAACCUCGAAUCCAAACAGAAGUAG